AUGACGACUCCCAGCACCCACAGUGACGAGAAGGUUGAGCCGGGGCACAACGACGGUACGGCCCAGUGGGGAUCGGUCGACGACGCGAUCGCCGCAGAGCGGGUCGAGAAGAACAUGAGUCUUGCCGAGGGGCUUAAGUCGUACUGGAAGGCCGCGCUCUGGUCACUCGCCAUAUCUGGGACUAUCAUCAUGGAGGGAUACGACACGUCGCUCCUCGGCAACGCGUUCGCCCUGCCUCAGUUCCGCGAAAAGUACGGCUUCUACGCCGGCCCCAAGAAGGGCUACCAACUCAAGGCCUCGUGGCAGACGGCGCUGGGCCAGGCUCCGACCGUCGGCUGCAUCAUCGGUAUCUUCAUCGCGUCGUGGGCGCAGGAUCGGUUCGGGUACCGACGUACGCUCCAGGUCUCGCUCGUCCUCAUCACUGGCUUCAUCUUCAUUGUCUUCUUUGCGCCGACUGUCGAGGUGCUGUUCGUGGGUGAGCUGCUGUGCGGGCUGCCGUGGGGUGCCUUCUCGUCCUCGGCUGUGGCGUAUGCCAGCGACAUUACACCCGUGGGGCUCCGUGGCUACCUCACCACUUACGUGACCAUGUGUUGGACGUUUGGCAAAUACAUCAGCGCCGGUGUUGUUUACUCCGUUCAAGGUCGCAAGGACGAGUGGGCCUACAGGAUUCCCUUCGCAGUCCAGUGGGCGUGGCCGAUUCCCCUCCUUGUCCUGGUAACCCUCGCCCCCGAGUCGCCGUGGUUCUUGGUGCGCGCAGGCAGGCACCAAGAGGCCGAGCGCACAGUCGCGCGACUCGCGUCUUCGAACGCGCAGGUCGUCCCCGCCGACGUCGUGGCCAUGAUGGUUCGGACGAAUCAGAUCGAGAAGGACGCGGGUGUCAAAACGUCGCAUAUCGAGUGCUUCAAGGGCACCAACCUCCGCCGCACUGAAGUCUCCUGCGUGGCGUGGGCGUGCACCGUGCUGUGUGGUUCGGCGCUGUGCUCUCAGCCCACCUAUUUCUUCCAGCAAGUGGGCCUCAACACGCAACAGUCGUUCCAGCUCAACCUCGGCGUCCGCGCCAUGUCGGUUCUUGGCGUUGCCGGGUCUUGGGUCAUGAUCACGUACUUUGGCCGCCGGCCAAUGUUCCUCAUUGGCCUGUGCAUCAACGCGUUGAUUGUCCUCCUUGUCGGCGUGCUCAGCUUCCCAGCGGAUCACCACCCAGCUGCUCGUUACGCCCAAGCCGCUCUCGUCAUGGUCUGGGUCUUUGUGUGGGACCUAUCCGUAACUGUCACUGCUUACCCCAUCGUCGGCGAGACGCCGAGCACUCGCAUGCGCGCCAAGACUGUCGGCCUUGCUCGCAACUUUUACAACGUUGUGGGCAUUAUCGCCGGCAUCCUCAACACGUACAUGAUCAACUCGACGGCGUGGAACUGGCGCAGCAGGGCCGGUUUCUUCUGGUUUGGCACUGGCCUCAUCGCCAUAGUGUGGACCUACUUUCGGCUGCCAGAGACCAAGGGCAGGUCAUACCGCGAGCUCGACAUCCUGUUCGAACGCCGCAUCCCAGCACGCAAAUUUGGCUCGGCAGUUGUGGAUGAGCACGACGAGAAGUAAGCUGGAGGCCCGUCAGCGACGAGGUGCGCCGGACGGCGCGCGGUCUGUCGCGCAAUGAUCUGGCCUUGGUAAUCGGGAUGAAUGCAAACACGUUGGAGC